UUCUACGUUAAACACACAUAUAUAUAUAUAUAUAUAUAGUUAAUAAAAUGAUAAUUCAUAAGAUUACGCCAUUGCGCGCGAAAAUCGAGAGAUCGAUCGUUCACUGCGUCAGAAGUGCGGGACUGGGCUGCAUGUCUACUGCUGGUGUGUGCGUAUAGUGAUUUAGAAUCUGUUAUGCUUUUAGUUUUGUGAGAGCAAUACGUGUAAAUUCAGCUAACAUGCCACGAUCGGUGCCACAGAGGUGGCACCAGUACAAAGCCUUCGGCGAGGUGAUCAAGGGUACAAGAAUCGUGGCGUUUAAAGUGCCCCUCAAAGAGGGGGUGACCAAGCACAUGCAGCCUGAGCAACGGUUCACGACUAGCCUGUUGCUACAGGCUUUUCCACGUUUGAAAUGCGUCAUCGACUUGACGGACUCCGAUCGCUACUACGACAGAAAGGACAUCAUCAAUGCCGGCGUCACCUACAGGAAGAUCUACGUGACCGGUAGAGUGAUACCUCAACAGAACUGCGUCAAUCAAUUCUUCAAAGUGAUGGACGACUUCGCCUCUACCGGUGGACCAGAUGAUCUCAUAGGAGUCCAUUGUACUCAUGGGGUCAAUCGCACCGGAUAUAUGAUCUGCCGAUAUCUCGUGCAGCAAUUAGGCUGGGAGUACCAGGACGCACUUAAAGCUUUCCAAGAGGCACGCGGUUAUCCGAUCGAACGCGAGAAUUACGUGGAGAGCCUGAAACAGGUACCCAGGGGCGAGAAGAUAGACACGAGCCACGUGGUGUUAGUAGAGAGACGUAAUCGUAAUGUUGUCGGGAAGAAAGGAUCGAAAAGGGAAAGAAAGAGAAAGCCGAACACGUCCAGUGCAUCUCGGGAGUCUUGGAGAAGCGCUCCAACGUCUUAUCAGUCAUCCAGACGAGGAUUCCCUGAAGGUUCGUCGUAUCAGCAGCCAUAUCCGUUCGAUGGUGCUGAGUUUGGACUCUUUGCACCCAUGAUGCCGCCGUUACCACCACCAUCCUUGUCAGCGGUACCGUCGCUACCACCGCCAAGGAUCAGACACAGAUCCAGACCAUCUCGAUACGGAGCCUAUUGUCCAUCACCUGGUCCACACAAUCCGCCAGCCAUCCUACCGCCAAUGCCACCGCCCGGACCUUCGUAUCAUUGCACGAAUUAUCAUCCGAGACAUUCGACUUUGAGGGUGUCAGGACCUCCCAGGCUAAUUAGACCACCCUCUCAACCAUCCACGUCACUGGGCUCUUACUCUUCGAUCGUUAAAUAUAAUCGUGCGAGGAACGACGGUUCCUCCGUACCUUUUGACAGCGCUGUCAGGCGUCCUGUCAAUCGUACGAAAUUGCGUAACAGGCCCAACGACCAGGACUUCACAGUCGACACGUUCGAGGAGAACCUAACGGCGACCCUGCCGCCGAAUAAAUGGAUCAGAGGUUGUUCGGCGGCGAAGAAAUGACGUCAACCUAAUUAGGGUGUUAAGGACAAUGACAUAACAAAGGCGGACCAUGUCCCAUUCGUAUCGAUAAAUUGGGAUACGCAUGGACGAGGCGACUCCAGAAGACCUGGAGGACGUUCUAGUAAAGUUAAUCAAAUAUCUUGUAAUCUGAGGUCUACACGUGUUACCUUUCUUCAAAAAUUCCUAUAACUCAUUAAUCCAGCGAGACUGUUCGUACGAGCUAAUAAAUAUAUCAAGCUUAUUUGUA